AUGGGGAGAUUCGCCCUUCUCUUCUUCCUGGGGCUGCUUGUGUCUUCGCGGGCAGGGACCUAUGGCCCCACGCGACGCCAGGAAACCAUAGCUGAAGUGCUGAGCGGGCGAGGUUUCAGCACCCUCCUCCAGCUGGUAGAGCGAGCUGGGCUGGCUGAGACCGCUGCUGAGGGAGGUCCCUUCACCAUCUUGGCCCCGACUGAGGAGGCCUUCGCUGCCCUCGACCCGACCUUGAGGAACUUUCUCCUGUCGGACGUCGAGGCGCUGACGACCACCCUCCUGUACCAUGUCGUCCUCGGCAGCGUCGUCGGGUCCGAUCUCGAGGACGACCUUGAGUUGUGGUCCGCGGCGGGGUCGGUUCUCAAGGUCAACGUCGAUGGUUCGAGUCCCAGGCGUAUUCAAGUACUUGUAUAUUCCUAUUUUUCAUCUUUCAUCUUCAGCCUCACUUCUUCAUAUCUCGUUAAAGUGAUUCUUGAUGUAGAAAUUUGUAUAAUGGAAGCAAGACUUAACAAGGAUUCAAUACCGUUCUCCCACAAAAAUUUCCCGAAGGAGGUGUCGAUCAACGGCGUGCGGGUGCAGAGGACGGACCUCCUGGCGAGCAACGGCGUGGUCCACGUCCUUGAGAAGGUCCUCCUGCCGCCGAAGCUGUCCAUCGUCGAAGCCCUCGCCGGAGACGGACGCUUCUCGACGCUCGUGGCCGCCAUCAGCCUCGCCGACUUGUUCGAAACGCUCGACUCAGAUGGCCCCUUCACGGUCUUCGCUCCUACUGACGACGCCCUCGCCUCACUCCCCCAAGGAACGGUGGACAGCUUCCUGCAGGACAUCCCAGCCAUCCGUCAGGGCCUCCUCCGCCUCGUCCUCCCUUCGAGGUCGUACUCGAGAGCGCUCCUUGGGAAGACCUUCAGGGCUCUUAGUGGAGACGAGGUGAACCACCGCCACGGACGCUUAUAUAACUUCUGA